AUGUUUGAUGAUCAAGAGGACUUAUUCAAUGGCGGAUCAUCACAAAAAUUUUCAGAUGAUUCUCAACCAGAAAGUGAACUACUGUUUGAUGAUCAAGAGGCUUAUACGGAGGAGAAAGAGGACGAUGCUAUAUUAUUGGGGUAUUUUAAAACAAGAAUUCAUUGUGUUGCUGAUGGGGUAAAUAAUCCCACGGAAAUUGAAGAAAUUUGUGCCAUAUGUCAAGCAGGAUUUGAGCAUGAAGAGUCCAUUGGGACACUUGGGUGUGGACACGAAUGUCGUACAGGUUGCAUCAAACAAUGGUUGCUGAGGAAAAAAGAUUGUCCCAUGUGUCGAGCUUCUGUUUUGCCCUGA